UCUGUCACCCAGGGCUGCCCAGCCCCGGGGUUUGCGAAGGUCCGGGGUAGGAGGGCUGCAGCCUGCGCGACGCGGCGGGAGGCGACCCGGAGGCGAUGGGAAGGCGGGCGCAGUCGACCCAAGGGUGGAGAAGAGGGAAGGAGAAGGACGCGCGUUCCCGAGCUCGUGACCGCCAGCGGCCAGGGGAACUCGCUCCCAGACAGCCUUGGAGAGAUGGCAGGCGGAGGGGACCGGCGAGUCGUGGGCACCCUCCACCUGCUGCUGCUGGUGGCCGCCCUGCCCUGGGCAUCCCGGGGGGUCAGUCCGAGUGCCGCAGCCUGGCCAGAGGAGAAGUGUCUGACUAUUUUAAUCAUAUGAUGUAUGUCCUUGGUACACUGAUCUGCCAGCAGGUGAGGUGUGGUAAAGAAAGCAUCGAUUUUGAAAUCCAUUUCCUUCGUUUUGAAAUAAAGAAUUAUCACCAACCAGCCAUUUUGAAUUCAUCGGCUCUUUGGCAAAUUGCAGAAGGCACCAGUAUCUCUGAAAUGUGGCGAAAUGACUUACAGCCAUUGCUGAUAGAGCGAUACCCGGGAUCGCCUGGAAGCUACGCUGCUCGUCAGCACAUCAUGCAGCGAAUUCAGAGGCUUCAGGCUGACUGGGUCUUGGAAAUAGACACCUUCUUGAGUCAGACGCCCUAUGGGUACCGGUCUUUCUCAAAUAUCAUCAGCACCCUCAAUCCCACUGCUAAACGACACUUGGUCCUCGCCUGCCACUAUGACUCCAAGUAUUUUUCCCAUUGGGACAACAGAGUGUUUGUAGGAGCCACUGAUUCAGCUGUGCCAUGUGCAAUGAUGUUGGAACUCGCUCGUGCCUUAGACAAGAAACUCCUUUCCUUAAAGACUGUUUCAGACUCCAAGCCACAUUUGUCACUCCAGCUGAUAUUCUUUGAUGGGGAAGAGGCUUUUCUUCACUGGUCUCCUCAAGAUUCUCUCUAUGGGUCUCGACACUUAGCUGCAAAGAUGGCAUCGACCCCGCACCCGCCUGGAGCGAGAGGCACCAGCCAACUGCAUGGCAUGGAUUUAUUGGUCUUAUUGGAUUUGAUUGGAGCUCCAAAUCCAAUGUUUCCCAAUUUUUUUCCGAACUCAGCCAGAUGGUUUGAAAGACUUCAGGCAAUUGAACAUGAACUUCAUGAAUUGGGUUUGCUCAAGGAUCACUCUUUGGAGAGGCGGUAUUUCCAGAAUUACAGUUAUGGAGGUGUGAUUCAGGAUGACCAUAUUCCAUUUUUAAGAAGAGGUGUUCCAAUUCUGCAUCUGAUACCAUCUCCUUUCCCUGAAGUCUGGCACACCAUGGAUGACAAUGAAGAAAAUUUGGAUGAAUCAACCAUUGACAAUCUAAACAAAAUCCUACAAGUCUUUGUGUUGGAAUAUCUUCAUUUGUAACACUCUGAUUUAGUUUAUGAUAAUUGGUUCUAGAAUCGAAUUCAAAAGUCAAGGCAUCAUUUAAAAUAAUCUGAUUUCAGACAAAUGCUGUGUGGAAACAUCUAUCCUGUAGAUCAUCCUAUUCUUAUGUGUCUUUGGUUAUCAGAUCAAUUAUAGAAUAAUUAUGUUGUGAUAUUGUGUCCUAAAUUGCUCAUUAAUUUUUAUUUACAGAUUGAAAAAGAGGGACUGUGUAAAGAAAAUGGAAAAUAAAUAUCUUUCAAAAACGCUUUUAGAUAAACAUGAUGAGGCAAAAUCAGGUUCAUUUAUUCAAUCAUAGUCUUCUAAAUAGUACUUAAAUAGUGGUUGGAAAAUGUAGCCUUCAUUUUAUGAUUUUUCAUAUGUGGGAAUCUAUUACACGUAAUACAAAACAAAGAUAUAGUUUGAAGGCUUUCAGAUUUCUUUGAGAAAUCUUUGUAGGGUUAAUUUUAUAGAAAUUAAAAUCAGAAUUAAGUGCUA